UAACCAGGGGCGUGGCCGUGGGCGACAGCCAAGCGAGCCGAACGUGGGGCGACACCGGCGGGGCAGCAUCUCUCAGCGGUGCCGCCCGUAGAACGAGAGGGUGGACGACUUUAAAGCAGGGGAACAGUUGUCGCCCAUUUUUUUUUUUUUUUUGGAAAGGUUGGAGAAGGAGGGAUGCGUCGUGGUCGUCGACAACACGCAAGCAAUAUGAGCGUUCUCGCGUCUUCUCCUCCGCGGUGCGUGACACUCCAGUCCGCCGUGCGACCGGGACGCGCUUGACGCGCCCCACGCCGUGUGGACUCCCCGGCCGCCGGAACACCGAGGAUGAUGACACGCAGUUGAAUAUGGCCGUCAAAAGUCCACAUUUGGUCGCGGAUGAGCGGCCACUUCACCUUUAGCGAGCUUCAGUGAUGGUGAUGGUGAUGGUGAUGGUGGGGGUGGUGACGGCGCACGCCCGCGUUUAGCAUCCGCUAAAAGCAGGUCGUGGGAGUGCCGUGGAAGAUCUGGGUAUUGGAUCCCAUCCAUGCCAGCGUUGUGGAAGUUAUUGACUCAUAAACCGCAUAUUGGGAAGGGUGCCGAUGGCGCCUGUGACCUGCGAGCCAAAGUGACCAAAGUCUCCAAUCAGCAUGGAGAAGGGAGCUUUUCCAAAAACCGAGGAGCACCCGCGAGCCGACCGUCCGCCCGGCUCGUGGCGUGAACUGCACAUCGGCACGUCCGAAGCCACGGGCGACGGAUGCCCCGCUGGCUCAGCCGUGAGAGGCGGGAGCGACCCUUCGUCCGCUUACCAGAAGAUCGUGCGACAGCGAUUUAUCAGGAGGAGCCUGUGGUUCUCGGACACGGACGAGCAGGCCUCGGAGGCGUCUGAAUGCGAUCCGCAGCUGCCGGACGUGAAUCCGCCAAAGUCCGCGGGCGGGACGCCAGGUGCGGGCAGCGGCAGACGGGAGGGUUCCGGUGCCGAGGGUCGAGAAGGGCUAAAAGACGCUGCCAAAGGAAGUGACAGAACUAAGGAGGAAAAGGGUAAAAGCGGAGGGGACGUACCGAAUGCGGCCAAAAGCGCUGUCAAGGCAGCCAGCGAGGAGACGGAGGAAGAGGCGGAGAUGAAGGCCGUGUCCACUUCUCCGGGAGGACGCUUUCUCAAGUUCGACAUUGAGCUCGGGAGAGGCUCCUUCAAGACUGUCUACAAGGGUCUGGACACCGACACCUGGGUGGAGGUCGCCUGGUGCGAGCUGCAGGACCGUAAGCUGUCGAAAGUGGAACGUCAGCGCUUCAAGGAAGAGGCGGAGAUGCUAAAAGGUCUUCAACAUCCAAACAUUGUCCGCUUUUAUGACUUUUGGGAGUCUCCACUCAAAGGAAAGAAGUGCAUCGUACUGGUAACAGAGCUCAUGACAUCAGGGACGCUAAAAACCUAUCUGAAGCGCUUUAAGGUAAUGAAGCCAAAAGUCCUUAGAAGCUGGUGCAGACAGAUCCUGAAAGGCCUCCACUUUCUCCACACCAGAUCUCCUCCCAUAAUCCACAGGGACCUUAAGUGCGAUAACAUAUUCAUCACCGGCCCUACAGGCUCAGUCAAGAUUGGCGAUUUAGGGCUGGCGACUCUGAAGGCUGCGUCUUUUGCGAAGAGCGUCAUAGGCACUCCAGAGUUCAUGGCUCCGGAAAUGUACGAGGAGCACUACGAUGAAGCCGUGGACGUCUAUGCCUUCGGCAUGUGUAUGCUCGAGAUGGCCACCUCAGAAUAUCCCUACUCCGAAUGUCAGAACGCUGCACAGAUUUACCGUAAAGUCACAAGUGGAGUCAAGCCAGCCAGUUACAACAAGGUCAUGGAUCCUGAAAUUAAAGAGAUUAUUGGGGAGUGCAUCUGCCAAAAGAGAGAAGAGCGAUACACCAUCAAAGACCUCCUGAACCACGCCUUCUUUGCCGAGGACACAGGGGUGAGGGUGGAGCUUGCUGAGGAGGAUGAUGGGCAAAAGACCUCGAUCGCCCUGAAACUGUGGGUGGAGGACCACAAGAAGUUGAAAGGGAAGUACAAGGAGAGUGGAGCCAUUGAGUUCACGUUUGAUCUGGAAAAGGAAAUCCCUGAGGUGGUGGCACAAGAGAUGGUGGAUUCUGGAUUCUUCCAUGACAGCGACGUUAAGAGCGUAGGAAAAUCCAUUCGGGAUCGGGUGGCGCUGAUCAAAUGGAGAAGAGAAAGAACUGCGUCGGCCGCUAACCGGAUGGACGGCGGACACGGGAUCCAGAUGGCGACUUGUCAGGGCGCGCCCUCGAGGGAAGCGCAUGCCGGGCACCCGACCGAGGUUGACGCUGAGCAGCACAACCAACAACGUACUCCGCCGGCCAGUUUCACCUCAGUGACGUCAGACAGCACUUUUGACAGUGGAAAGGGCUCCACCGUGUACUCGGACUCCCACAGCAGCCAGCAGAGUGUCCUCUAUCAGUCCCUCCUGGAGCCCAUCACUAUGGCAACACAGCAGGCCAGUUCUGUGGGUCACCAGAAUCAAGCAGCAGAGCUCACAUCUCAACAAUACCUCCAGCCUGGACACAGUUACCCUUCUCCGCCAUACUCGUGUCAGCUCAACGGCGCAAAACUAUGUCAGGAUAGUUCAUGCUCAGUCACCCCCCAUCCUUCAGCUAGUGGUUGUUACCCACCUCCUGGUAUUUCAGCAGCAACUGGGCCACAACAUGCUGUCCAUUGCUACCAGACGCAAGUUCACCAACCACAGCAAGCGACUUUGAACUGUGUUGCUUCAGUCCAGCAGCAGACUUACACUGCGUCAGGUUAUCCGUCACAGACGACAGCUGCCAUGACGGCUUUAAGAGCACAGCAACCGGAAAGUUCUGCCUGCUCAACUCUGACAGCCGUAGCGCAGUGUCAUUUGGGAAACACUUCCACGGGCGCUGUGCUGCUUCCACCUGGCACCCAACCGAGUCUGAGCUCUUCAACGUCCGUACAUAAUAGCCACCAGUUAGCGGUUCAACAAGAGCACCAACGAUGCUUGAUGGCAAAUGUUCAAGGCAGUGCACAGCAAAGACAAAACGGGAUGCAGACUUGCAGUCAGACGCAACUCCAGUAUGACCACGAGGCAGUGCAAAGCGUACACCAACAAGUGACACAGCCUAUUCUCCAUCGUCAAAGUCUUCAGUCUGCUGGCCAGUGUCAGGAAGUGCUCAGCCAGCAAAGCCAGCAUCCCCCGCAGAUGGCGGUUCCACAAUUGAGACAGGAUCUAUCCCAGUCUGAGGUCCAACAGGACCAGACGAAUCAGUACCUGUCUGGGCAGUCAUUCACUACGCCACAGACCAACGGCGGAAUUUCACAGGUGCCGACUCGAAGUCUUUUGGACUCUUUGCAACAUAGCCAAGCUACUCAGAUGAGUAAAGAGAGUAUGUCACUGGUCGGAAAAGACGGGUUGAAUCAGGGACCGAAUCCUCCCCACCCAACGUGCAGUUUGACGGCCCAGACAAUGUGUGUUCAGCAGCCAGCAGCUGAAGCAGACGUCCGUCUGCAGCAGCAGCAGCAGCAGCAUCAGCCGCUGCAUAUUUCAGCCUCGCUACCGCACCCUUCGCACUCGUCCAAGCACGUCCCUCAACAGAUAAUGGCCACCCACCCCGAACUUGUCCAGAUAGCCCUUCUCACGCAGCCUGCACACUUCUCCACACUUGACCAGAACGGCUCGGACCAAGGCGCGGUUGUCAGCAUCGACCAAUCAGGAAAGAAGGAAAUCCAGAGCCAGAUUCCACCUCUUCAGCUCUCUGAGUCUCAGAGGCCAUCUUCUGCAUCUGCAAGUUCCAGUCUGAUACCGCAACAGUUCGCUGCUGUCACGGGAGACGGAGGUCUAACUGAGGCAAAUACAGAGGAUCAAGCUGCAGAAAAGCACACUGCUGGACAAAGCUAUGACAGUAGCGUCAACUCUGAUGCCACAUCAGGGAAAGAGAUGAGCGAUGGCUACGAGGGGACGCAUGGAGGCAAAGGCCAGGGUAAAAUCCGCAAGCACCACCGCAGGUCGACGCGCACUCGUUCCCGCCAAGAGAAGAUCGGCCGUCCGAAGCUCAGUAUGCUAAACGUAUGCAACACGGGAGACAAGAUGGUGGAGUGCCAACUAGAAACGCACAAUCACAAAAUGGUCACGUUUAAAUUUGACCUGGACGGAGAUGCGCCGGAAGAGAUCGCCACGUACAUGGUGGAGAAUGAUUUCAUCCUCCCCUUAGAGAAAGAAGUGUUCAUUGAGCAGCUCAAGGACAUCGUCGACAAGGCCGAGGACUUGCUGAGCGAAGACACCGAGGCGGAGCGGAACUCGGACCAGGCAAGCAGUCCCCCGAGUGAAGGGGCUGGCGCGAUGGUCGUUGAGGGAAUGAAGUCUUGUGUCCACGGCACCCCACAGCUGGUCUACCAACAAAAUGUCCUUCACACCGGCAAGCGCUGGUUCAUCAUCUGUCCAGUGGCCGAGAUUCCGGUCCAAGACCAAGACCGGACUCCAUCGCGCAGCUCGACAGACAGAGAAUGCCAAAAAUCAGCCUCGCUGUCCGCAAAAGCCAUCAGCAACACUCCUCCGGUAUCCACCGCCCUCCCAUCGUUGCCUUCACAUGGCCCCUCGCCCGUGCCGCUGCAGCGUCAAGACCAAAACGCCAGCGGAGCCCGUUUCCAGCCGCCGGAGUCCAACGUCACCCAAGAAUCAAACAGCGCUGCGGGCGCUGGCCAGAAGGACAGCCUCGCUGUCGAAGAAGCUUGCAUCUCGGCUGUUUCCAUAGUAAGCGACAUCCCGUGCUGCGCUUUCAUGCCGCCGGUCUCCCUGGAUGUGAAUACGUUUGAGAAGGUGGAGGUCGGCGCUUCGGCCACCCAAACUAAUUCGAAUCAAAAGGCCAGUCCAAGCCGAGAGCUCCCCCUACAGCGGGCCGCGGUGGUGCUCCAGCAACCCUAUCCCGCACCUAUUCCGCCGGCAUCCGUCGCCUCCCAACCUCAGAGUCCGGCGCAUCAGACCUCUGUCCCGCCAGGGCCCCCGCAGUCGACGAGCGGGGGCCCCGGGGAGUCGGACGGCGAGGGGCCGCGCCGGGUGGAGUUCGCCGAUCGCACGAUCAAGACUUUGGACGAGAAGCUGAGGAAUCUGCUGUACCAGGAGCACGCGCAUUCCCAGCCCUGCGGCGCCACGGCCGACCCGCAGACCUCGGAAGCGGUCGGCUCGACAUCCGUCUUGGAUAACCACAGCAGUGAGGGGCCACCGCCCAAGAAACAAGGGGAGCCAUUGCCUCAGAUUCCUGAAAGCCCAGAUUGUGCAAGGGCUCUAAAUGACUGCGAUUUGGCAGCUGUGGAUGGAAACUCGAACCGGGGACUGGUGACUGUCAGUACUGAUUCGCACAACUCAACAAGCGGUUUUCAAAUGAGACCCACGGCACCAAACGUCCUUCGUCACGUGGACAAAAGCAACAGCAACCGCAGCACCUUGUCGGAUUUUCCCAGCGAGUCACAAAGCCGAAGUGGCGUUCCAGAUAGAAACGACAAGGGCUACAUUACCGCUAGCCGCUCCUCAGCCGAUCCCGAAAGUACGGGUGCAUCCCGGCUCCGUUCUAGCAACCGAUUCUCCGCGCCGCCAAACUUCUAUCACGCCACCCCCGGGUCCAGCUCCGAUGUCACACCGCAGCAUCUGCCCCGCGCCGUCACCAUCAGCGCUCCGACACAUCACCGCUCCCGCCACCCGUCACGCUUCCAGUCCGACUCCGCCGACGAGGACAGCAGCGGCAGCAAAGCUCUUCCGCCGGGUCGCCUCGACGCCCCGGCUCACGGCGGGAGUGACCUCGUGAAGAGGGCGGUGGCCUUUCUGAAGCGCUCCGGUCGGAGCAAAAGCGAGCAGAGCUCUGAUUCGCCGAGCCGACAGCCGUUGGAAAUGAACGGUUACGCCGCUUCGCCUUUGACCGGACACGUGCAAUCUUCUUGCAUUAGUAGUGACAACGACUCUGAAUUUGAGGAUGCAGACAUGAAGAAGGAACUCCAGAAGCUGCGGGAAAAGCACAUGAAGGAGAUAUCGGAACUGCAGGCGUUCCAGAGAAGUGAAAUCGAGCGUCUGUACCAAGAGGUCGGAAAAUCUCUGCCCCCCAACGUGGGCCUGCUGCACGCCGCCCCGCCCAGCGGCCGUCGGCGUAGGACCAGCAAACACAAAGUGAAGGCGGGAAAAUUGCUCAAUCCAAUGGUGCAGCAGCUCAAAAGCAAUCUCACCACCACAUCGGAGAGAAAAGGCGAAAGCUCUUGCAGUUCGUCCGGAUCCCCCUCGAAAAGCUCGGCCGUGUCGGACUGCUCCGCCCACUUCAGCGGCAGCUCCGGCUCCAACGAUAAACGGAGCACAAGCGCGGAUCCGGUCCACACCCAGCAGCCUUGCUCCUCGAAAGGCUCCUUCUCCUCGGACAGCAUCUCGGCCGGCCAACACGCUGAUGGGACGACAAAGUUGGCAAACCAAGGCUGGACGGUUUACCACCAAACGUCAGAGAGAGUCACCUUUAAAUCUAGUAGCAAACCACGCACUAGAUUCCUCAGUGGACCCGUGUCUCUGUCCAUCUGGUCCACUCUGAAACGACUUUGUCUAGGCAAAGAGCGCAGUAGUAGGUCUUCUUUCCGUGCCGCCGCAGCUCAGCCGUCCCGCGCCUCGGCCGCAACCUCGCCGCCGUCCCCCAGGCCGACGGGUGGGCUCGCUCGGGUCCAGACAAACAACAGCAACAAUAAGAAAAGCAUGUUCACUGAGGACCUGCACAGGUUGGUGGACGACUGGGCCAAGGAGACCGUGGCGGCGGUCCACCAGCCGGCCCCUACCUUGAACCAGAUCAAGCAGCAGAGGCGCUUGCAGGACCUGAAAGGCAAAGUGGACUCCCCGGGAGCGGCCGCGCACAAGAUGAAAUCCCGCUUGCUUCUGUCCCUCCCGCUGCCUAAUGCGACAAGCGACCAAGGUCCUGACUCGCCUCUCGUGAUCCCCCCUGGGAACCUUCCGCCCGCGGGCCCCGACUACGCUGGGAUGGCUCCCGGUCCUCCCCACACCCAGCAGACGCCUGGCACGUUUAGCCCCGUUGGAUCAGCAAGCCCCAAACCAGGAAUCCAAGGCAACACGCCCGAGAACGACCUGUGCCCAAACUCCACCAGGACUAACUGACCCUGAGGCUCAAGUGCGCCCGUUUGUACGGACUGCCCACUCGAAAUCAUUUUGCUCGGGUUCACCGCGAGCGCGUUUGCGGUUGAGCGGGAACGACGAUGGAUAUUUUUGACACAAAAACCCGUUUGCGCGCGCAAGCACAAAGACAUCUGGCUUAUCGACGAACGUGCACUCAUUCAGCUUCACCCCUUGCACUUUUUAUUUUAUUUCGGCACGUGGGCACACUUUCAACGCUACAUCGGAAAACAAAUAUCAGUGGGUUAAGUUUCAGAAUCGAUUCAGUAAUAACGUCGGUGGAAUGUAGUGCCUUGAACCUUCAACUUUUCCUUUUGAAGCAGCUUGACUGCGUACAAAUGAUCUGAUUUAUUGAGUCUAUUGAUUGAAGUCUUAUGCAGCUGUUUUGUUAUUUUAUUAUUUUUUUGCUUAUGAAUGCCAUUGUAGCACUGCAGUAUUAACAGCAAAUACUCUUAUUCAAAUAAUGGAAUAAUUUAAAUUUUUCUUCCCCUGCAAUGGUCCGCCAUAGUGCAAAUGCACUGUUGCCUUGUAAAGACAAAAAAAAAAUAGUUAAUGACGAGCAAAGGAAGUAGUUUAAAGCCAGCAGAUAAAAGCACCUCUUUCAGGUCAAGCGGUUCCGUUGGACUCGGUUCCGUUUAUACAAAGGACACACAGCACGCGCGAUACACAGCAGCAGAAGAUUGGGCCGCGUUGCAAUAUUGUCGUGAGAGAGCGCGAAAUGACGAGCGAAGUCCAGAGCCGUAAAUGAUGACGACGUACGGGUGUGAAUGUAGCAGUUGGUACGUGGAGGCUCGAGGCGUUCAAGUGCAAUUGAAUCCUUCCGGAAAGCUUUGAUUGUGGCAUUGCCUUAUCUGACGUGAUCUGAUGUGUGUGAACGUGACGUGAUGUACAUGUUGGCCGGUCAGGAAUGUUGCGCGCAAACGCCCGUUCGGUUCAGUGCAAGUGUGGAUUUAUUUGAUGUUUUUGGAUCUGUUUUACGCUGCUGUUGUUUGAGCCUUUUCCCCCCCACACGAUCAGACGGUACCAAAAAAGAAAAAAAAAAAGCCCUGAAACUCGUUUUUGUUUAUCCAUUUUUUUUUUUUCAUACCGUUACAUAUUCCCGAUUGGAUCGUCGAUACGGGAGAUUUGCACAACCUAGAGACUCCCGUCCUUGCGCUUUCGGUUGAAGUGUUCCACGUGUGCAGUGUCUGUACUCUACGAAAUUGUACCAGUCUCAAAAACCACGGAUGUUUUUCUUCUCCACAAAAAGUUGAGUCGUUUGCGACGUCACACCUCCCGAGACAUUUUGAAAGGGUUUUCAGGACCCGCAUCCUUCCAAGCUGUGAAUUGUACAGAUUUAGUUGUAGUGGAAACUGUAUAUUUUGUUAAACCUUGUGAGUGCUUUUGUUGGAGAGGUUGCUUUUAUGUACAGUAUCAAUUCGCUGUGAAUUGGACUUUUAUAGGACUUUAUGCAGAAUCCUCUUCUUUGGGGAAAUACUUCCAGUUGUAAGAGAUUUCUGUUCUCUGGCGUUUGUAUCCGGUGGGCUCUUUUGGUUUUCUCUUUUUUGUUUGUUCCAAGCAGAGGAAGGUUUAUUUAUUGGCAGAGAUCAAAAGGCCGGCGUUUCCUCCCCUCCCUGCAUGUCUCCGGCCGUCGAACGUUGCCCUUCGUCCGAUGGUCGAAACGAACUUGAGUGAGGUGGAUUAUUUGGGCCUCCCGACACACUGCGUCACUCGUCCUACCUGCUGCACUGUUUGACCGUGUUUUGAGAUCAAUAAAUAUUUUCAGUCU